UGCAGCCGGUCCCGCCUGCGGAGCGGCAGCACUGUGCUGCUGCCCUCCAUGCUGAUGUUCGGCGUCAUCCUGGCCUCCAGCGGUCUGCUCUUGAUGAUCGAGAAGGGCAUCCUGGCCGAGGUGAAGCCGCUCCCGCUGCACCCGGCGGCCGGCGAGGUUUCCCGGCGGGUGGAGACGCACGGAGGAGAUCUGGAGCGUGAGGUGCUGCGGGACAUCCGCAACCGCACCAUCCGCUCGGUGUGCGGGCAGCGGGCCAUGCCCCGCAGCGUCUGGGAGCUGCCGGCCGGGCAGCGGCGGACGGUCCUCCGUCACCUCCUGGUCAGCGAUAAGUACCGCUUCCUCUACUGCUACGUGCCCAAGGUGGCCUGCUCCAACUGGAAGCGCAUCCUGAAGGUGCUGGACGGGGCGCUGGAGAGCGUUGACGUCAAGCUGAAGAUGGACCACAAGAGCGACCUGGUGUUCCUGGGGGACAUGACGCCUGAUGAGAUCAACUACCGCCUGAAGAACUACUACAAGUUUGUCUUUGUGAGGAACCCGGCCGAGAGGCUGCUGUCGGCCUACAGGAACAAGUUUGGGGAGAUCAAGGAGUACCAGCAGAAGUAUGGGGUGGAAAUAGUCAGGCGGUAUCGAAAGAAUGGGGGGAAGUCGGCGGGCGACGAUGUGACCUUUUCCGAGUUUCUCCGCUACUUGCUGGACGAAGAGGUGGAAAGGAUGAAUGAGCACUGGAUGCCCAUCUACAACCUGUGCCAGCCCUGUGCCGUGCGAUAUGACUUCAUCGGCUCCUAUGAGCGGCUGAACGAGGACGCCAACCGUGUCCUGGAGGAAGUUCAGGCUCCGUCCUUCAUCCGCUUCCCAGAAAGGCAGUCAUGGUACAAGCCUGUGACGGCAGAAACGCUCCAUUACUACCUGUGCAACACCCAGCGCAGGCUGAUAAAAGAGCUGCUCCCAAAGUACAUCCUGGAUUUCACUCUCUUUGCCUAUCCCCUUCCAAACAUCACCAGCGAGUUCUGCAGGCAGUGAGGUGGUUUCUUGCUUCAGGAUCUGGAGUAAAUUCUGCAAGGUUUAGCUAAGACAGCGGUGAAGUGUUGCUGCAGGGCAGGGGAAGCUCAGGUUGGAUACUAGGAAACAUUUCUUCUCCGAAAGAGCGGUCAGGAGCUGGAACAGGCUGCCCAGGGAGAUGGUGGAGACACCGUCCCUGGAGGUGUCCAAGAAACACUUACAUGUUGUCAUGAGGGUCAUGGUUUAGUGGGGAAAUACUGGUGCUAGGUGGACGGUUGGACUGGAUGAACUUGGUGUUCUUUUCCAACCUUGGUGAUUCUAUGAUUCUAUGCAUAAUCUCAUAACUUUAUAAUUCUAAAGCACUCUUCAUAUAAUUUUAUAUAUUGCCUUUUCUACUAGGAUACUUUUUGUAUUGUUCCAGUUCAAAGAUGUACAUGCGCCGCUGACUUGAGCACAACAGCUUUUGUAAAUCUAUUUUUGCUGCAAAUCCUUUUUAUGACGCAAUACAGAAAACUUCCAUAAGGAAAUCAAGAAGUAGAUAUAUUUUAAGUAUUCUUCUUCCCUUUUUUGUAUCUUUAGUAGUACAUGGUGCACAGCUGAAUCAAUCAUUGUAUAGUUGCUGAUGCACUGAAAGCGCUGUUAAAUGUGGUCUUAGGUUAGACAGAAGGUGGUUUUUCAGGUAGAAGUAGAAGAAAAGACUUUUAAACUUUGGCCUAUUUCUCUUUUAUUUUCUCAUCUGUAGAUGAUGGUUAGAUGAGGCUGGCUUUUUUGUUGCUUUUUUUUUCUAGUGACAGCAAUAAUAAUUCUUGUUUUUUGUUUUUUGUUUUUUGUUUUAAUUAUUAACCAUUGAAAUAGAACUAGGACUAAAAAAACCUCAUUUUGCAUAACUUGAGAUAUGAAAAUGCAGGGUAUUCACCCAGCGUGACGUUAUCAGGUGAGACAUCAAGCCGUAACGGUUUGUUCUUCUCUUUCUCUUUGAAAUAAAACAAUACAGGGUUCCAAUAAUAUCAAAACCCAUCAUGGCACUUAGAGCAGAAAAGAAUAAAGACUGACCCAAUUUGUGGCAGCUCACAGCCUCAGUCACUGCCUGUGUGCCCACAUGCAUUGCAAACCAACAUGGAAGAUCUCCAUCCAUGUUUGAAACAGCGGCGAUUUGAGGUUUAGUUUCCUUUUCUGGAUGUGCACACUAUUUGUAUUUAAUUAUGAUUGUUGAGUUUUAAAAGUUUGAGAGGUACUGGGGAAUGUUGUUCUGGGGGGCUGUGUCCUCCUUUUUAAUAAAGUUUUUAUAUGAAUGAG